CUCUCUCUCUCUAUCAUGUUAACCAAACAUCUUGCAUAAGUUUUGGACACAUUAAACAUGAAGGCUCUUCUAAUGUGGGCUGUUUUGCUGAACUUUUACAAGCUCCCUAAGACAGGUGACUGCGCUUCAACACAUGACCAAGUUCUCUCAAUCCAAGUCACAACACAUCAACAAGCAGAUAUUGUGAGGAACAUAUCCAGCCAAUAUGAGACAGUUUUGUGGUCACCUACUUCACCUGAGUACAUCGGAGCACACACUGAGGUGCACCUGUUUGUUCCUGCCAACAAAUUGGGGACUGUCACAGACCUGCUGCAGACACACCACCUAACACACCAAGUGCUACUGGACAACACAGAGGAACUGAUCGAGAUGCAGACCAGGAAUGAAUCGUCGGACCCUAGAACCAGUGCAUCAUAUUAUGAGAGAUACCAUUCUCUGGAGGACAUCUACAAUUGGAUCAACAAGACUGCCCAGGACAACCCAGACAUGGUCAAAGUCACCCUGAUUGGCUCAUCAUAUGAAAAACGCCCACUUUACGUUCUCAAGUUGUCUGGACGACAAGAGAGAGCUGAAAAGAGAGCAAUAUGGAUUGACUGUGGCAUUCAUGCUAGAGAGUGGAUCUCCCCAGCUUUCUGCCUGUGGUUUGUGCAAUAUUCCUUGAACUUCUAUAAUCUAAACAAUGACAUCACUGAGAUGCUGAACAGUAUGGACAUCUAUGUGCUGCCUGUCAUGAACCCGGAUGGAUACAAGUACACAUGGACAACGAACCGAAUGUGGAGAAAGAAUCGUUCCUUGAGCAAGGAAAGCAACUGUGUUGGAACCGACCUCAAUAGAAACUUUGACGCAAACUGGUGCACAAAGGGAGCCUCCAACAGGCCCUGUGAUGAGAUAUACUGCGGCCAGUUCCCAGAGUCGGAGCCUGAGGCAGAAGCCGUGGCUAACUUCUUGCGCAGCCACAAAGACUCUGUAAAGCUCUAUUUCUCCAUCCAUUCCUAUGGUCAGAUGCUGCUCUUCCCAUACUCCUGCUCCAAUGAAGAGGUGCCUAACCACGCCGAGUUGUUUGAGCUUGUACAGGAGGCAGCCAUGAAAGUCAGAAGAUACUACAGGAACAACUACAAAUACGGCGCAUCAGCAAAAACAAUAUACUUAGCCCCUGGAGGUUCUGACGAUUGGGCCUACAACCUGGGCAUACACUACUCCUUCACCUUUGAGCUGGAGGACCGUGGUCGAUAUGGUUUCCUCCUACCGCCAUCAUUAAUCUCCAAGGCCUGCAAUGAAGCCCUCCUCGCUCUUAAGAGUAUCGCUCUCAGAGUCAUUCAGAAAACACAAUCCCAACCCUAACACGGAACCCAAACCGGCUGCGCAUGUGCGCCAUCGUGCGCCAUCAUGCAUAAAUGUAUUUUGUCCCCCCACACCAAACGCUAUCACGACACACAGGUUAAAAUAUCAAAACAAACUCUGAACCAUUGAUAUUAAUUUGGGAACAGGUCGAAACCAUUAAACAUGUAUGGCAAUUUAGCUAGCUAGCUUGCACUUGCUAGUUAAUUUGUCCUAUUUAGCUAGCUUGCUGUUGCUAGCUAAUUUGUCCUAGGAUAUAAACAUUGAGUUGUUAUUUUACCUGA